AUGGGCCUUUGUUCAGCUGUGGACACAUUACCGCUGCACGGUGACACUAUGAGUUCCAAACCGCUGAUAGUGAACGAACUACUGGCGUUUCUAGUCCAUGCCAUUGACUACAUGGAUGAGGUGAGCAUACUGCAAAUAUGCCGAUCCAAUUACAAGGAGGAGGAAGUCAGCAGCGCCAAGCUGUUACUGUUCCAGUCCCUGGGAAAACUAGACCAAAUGCCGUCUCGUCGCAGAGAUGGCACCGAGAAGAGUCUCCAAGACAUCAUCGAUAUGUUGAAGAAGACCGAUCCAGAUGACGUGCCUGACUUCGUGGCGAGGGAGCUAAGUAAACUACCCCCUGUCACCUUCGAUCACGUUGAUGUUACGAGACUGCUAAAGGACAUUACAUCACUGAAAGGUGAGAUGACCAAGAUGCAGUCCAGAAUGGAGGAGUCAGACAAAAUCAUUGCUGAUCUACGUGCCGAAAUUACAUCACUGCGCAAUACAGGCUCAGUAAUUAGGUCACCUGAGGCCUCAAAGGUGAACACACGUCGCGGAGCGCUGAACGCCACAAUCGGCAGUUUUGAGUCUGCGAAUACAAGUGUGUUGUCAACUGCCAAAAUCGCAGACGAAGCAUCGCUCGCCGUCGCCGUCACCCGCACCUCUACACCGGCUGCGGUAACGUCACACGUAGGUACGACGACCCCUACACGUGCUUACGCAGAUAUUGUCGCCAAGAAAACAACUGCGUUGCAGACUAAGCGACCUACUGAAAAGGGGAUUAAGCAGAAGAGCUGUCAGCACGCGUGCCAAAAGCAGCAAGUCGAUAGAGAUGGCUUUAUCACUGUUCAGAGGAAGAAAAAGAAGUCAUCCCAAAACAAGUGCGGCACUGCACCGACCGGGCCGAAACAUUUGCUGCGUCCAGCUGUACCAGGGACGCUGCUGUACGUGUCCAGGCUGCAUUACUCUACAAAGGUCGAGGAGAUUGUAGAGUAUAUUCAGAUCAAAACGAAUUACACUCUAAGGGUUUUGAAAUUAGAAUCCCACCACAGCGUGAAUUUCAAUUCAUUUGUGGUGAGAGUGCCUUCCGUGGAUUUACCAAAAUUCAUGACACCAGAGUUUUGGCCGAAAGGUGUUGUUUUCCGGCGAUUCCGCGGCCGGAUACCUGACACCGCGCAGCACACGACGCCGACACAGCACAAUAGUCGUGAUAAUUAG